AUGUCGCAACCAGGCUCACCCUCGUCGCCCGGCCCGUCCACGGUCUCGCCCUCCAAAGCAACCAAGCAGAGCGGCACGUCGAUCUUCCCCACGGCCCGCGUCGCGCGCAUCAUCAAAGCGGACCGCGACGUCGACAUCUGCUCCAAGGAAGCCACAUUCCUCAUCAGCCUCGCCACCGAGAUCUUUGUGCGCAAGCUCACCGACGAGGCGUACACCAACGCCAAGCUCGACAAGCGCAAAAACAUUUUCUACAAGGACCUCUCGAGGGCGGUGCAGCAGACCGAGUAUUUGGAGUUCUUGAAGGAUGCCAUCCCAACGCCGAUGGCACUGACAAGCGCGCUCGGGGCGAGACAGGAGAAGUUGCAGCAGAAGCAGGUCGAGGAGAACAUGAUCCUAGAGGGCACGUUGCAGGAUGACGAUGAGGAAGAGGACGAGGAGGAGGACGCAGAGGAAGAAGAGGGCGAAGAGGCGGAGAAGGACGAGGAUGCUGAUGAGCAGAACGGGACCGAUGGGCACGACGAGCCAGAAGGAGACGCAGCAGUAACAGAGGACAGCAGCAGCACAAAGAAGAAGCUUUCACCGAAGAAGAACACCAGCAAGUCGAAAGCACCCCCGGCCGCUGAACACAAAGAGGUCAACGGUAUGGACCAGGAUGACGACUAA